AUGAAGUCGGCGCUCUCGUUUCUUGCGCUCCAGGUUCUCCUUAACCAGGCGAAUGGUACGCCUCUCCUGGCCCGUGAUAGAGAUUAUGAUAGCGAUCACGGUUGCAGAGUUAAGUAUGUGGUCGUCCUCAGCAUUGACGGCCUCCAUAACAGUGAUGUUGACAAGUGGCUUGCGCUUGGCCCAUCCAACAUCUCUACGCUCUUGGAGACAGGAUAUAGGUAUACCGAUGCCUACACUACCGGCCCGUCGGACUCCUUUCCUGGUACUCUGAGUGCAUGGACGGGUGCCAACCCAAAGACGACAGGAGUCUGGUACGAUGAUACGUACGAUCGGACGUACUUUGCUCCCAUUGUGUACGACGAAAGCAUUGAUUACAACUCGACCCAGCUCUUCUCUGGUGGCAUUAACCCUGCAAACCUUCCCCAAACCCUGAUUAACGGAAAAUGCACUGCCGUCUAUCCUCACGCCCGUACGCGUGUAAAUACGGCAUUUGAAGUCGUUGUCCGCAAAGGCCUCAAGACUGCGUACACAGACAAGCACCCAGCGUACGACCUCGUCCGGGGUCCGAGUGGAAAGGGCCUCUCCACUGGAUACUUUCCGGAGAUUGCAGCAACAGACGGUAAGGUGCCUGGAACAAUUGCGUACGAUCAGCUACAUGUCAAUGCACUGCUGGACUGGUUCGAUGGAAAAGAUGUAGCCAAUGCGGAAGGGAGUUUAGGUGGGAAACUUCCGACACUUUCGGGCGGGAACUUCCAGGCUGUUUCCGUAGCACAGAAAACGCACGGGUACGUCAAUGGUACCUUAGCAUUCACGGAUGCCCUCAAGCAGGCCAUGACAUUCGUCGAUGCAUCUCUCGGUGCCUUGGUCGAGAAGCUGAAAGCCAAGGAUAUCUACGACCAGACCCUCAUCGUCAUCGCUUCCAAGCACGGCCAAGCUCCUAUUGAUCCUGCUAAGUUCAAGGAUAUCAAUCCAAAAAAUGUGACCGCCGCCACAGGUGUGAAGGUAGCCUUCCAGACAAGCGACGACAUCGCCCUAAUUUUCCUUGCUAACCAAAAGGACCUUCACGUGGCAGUUGCCGGCCUGACCGCGAGAAAGGCCGACCUGAAAAUCUCUGACAUCAUUUACGGCCAGCGUCUCAUUGACCUGCACUUUGGAGACCCAACCAAAGAUCCUGCCGUGCCGGAUAUCAUCAUCGUCCCCCAAGCUGGCAUCAUCUAUACCACCUCAAAGUCGAAGAUUGCCGAGCAUGGCGGUUUGAGUGACGACGACAGACACAUUGCGGUUUUCAUGAGUAAUCCUCAUUUGAAGAAGAUGGCCUUCGGUCAGCGGGUGUAUGCCACACAGGUUGCGCCAACCAUCUUGGGAGCGCUAGGGUUGAACGCGAAUGAGCUGGACGGAGUAAGGGCGGAGCGCACUGAAGCUUUGCCGGGAUUCCACAACGGUCGCAACUAA